GCCUGGUAUGAACCCAAUGAACCCCAGGAUGAACCAUCCAAGGGCAGGACCAGGUGGCAUGCCACCAAUGGGCCCGGGUACUUACGGCCCCGGCAUGCGGGGUCCACCGCCAAACAGUAAUUUAGCUCCCGGUGGACCGGGUGGUGCUGGUAUGCCGCCGAUGAGUAUGGCCGGACCAGGUGGCAGACCACAAUGGCAACCCAACACGUCGACACCGAUGAAUUAUUCCUCGUCUUCGCCGGGCAAUUAUGGCGGGCCUCCCGGUUCGAGUGGGCCACCGGGACCGGGGACGCCGAUAAUGCCGAGUCCACAGGACAGUAGUAACAGCGGUGGCGAAAACAUGUACACGAUGAUGAAACCAGUACCUGGAGGCAACAUGCCUGGCGAUUUCCCGAUGAGCGGUGGUCCCGAGGGUGGGCCCAUGGGACCGAUGGGCCCAAAUACAAUGGGCCCAGUGCUCAACGGUGACGGACUCGAUGGUAUGAAGAAUUCUCCGGCAAACGGUGGUCCAGGCACACCGAGGGAGGACAGCGGUAGUGGUAUGGGUGAUUAUAAUCUAGGCGGCUUCGGCAACCCCAACGAGAACUUUUUUUAAAAGAAUCACAACCAGGAUGCAACUAACGGAGGAACACUUCUGUAGAAAAUGAAAAUAUAAAGGAUCAGUCAGAAAAAGCGAGGGAUUAUAGUCAGACAAAAGAACUAAAUCGAUCUUAAAUUCAGUGAUUCUCCCUCUAAAAAUAUGUUGAAUAUUAACGCAGAAAAGUCUUAAAAGUAAUAGAUCAAAAGAACGAGAGUUUAAAUAUUGUUUUAAAAGUAGUGAUCAAAUCUUUUUAAAAUUAAUGACAGAAUGCUAUUUUUUACAAUAUUUUUAUUACUUGCAUUUGUUGUCAAUGCACCUGCUCGAUCUAAAGUUAGGUUAUAUUAAGUUUUUUUUAAUGACGCAUAUAAUUUAAACUUCGAAUAAUUAAUUUGCUACAAUUGCCAU